AUUUCUUUGUUAUAACAUGUUUGCAAUAAGCGUUUUUGUACAUUUACAUAAAGUGACAUUUUAAACAACUGCAAAAUACCUUAACUUAUUCACAUAUCUGUAAUUUUGAUUAAUCUGUAGGGAGUUUCCUCGGGACAAGGCAAUUAAUUUAACAGCCAUCGAAUGUCACAUUCUCUGCUGAGUGGCUGGCAGUCUCUGAAAUCUCACUGGCUCCUGCAUUGACCAACCAAUUUCUCAAGUUCUUCUCAAUCACAGAGGAGGUGAGCUAAAAUGGAUGGUAAUUCAGGAGACGGUGCUGUGGACAGCCUUGGUGACUCCAUGUUUUCUGGAUCUGUGCAACUACAGGAUGAUGGAGAUGACACUUUACAGUCUGUUGAAAAUGAUGAUGAACCCAGAGAUAACGAACCACUAAGAGAACAGGACAGAUUUCUUCCUAUCGCAAAUGUUGCAAGAAUAAUGAAAAAAUCAAUUCCAAAAUCUGGUAAAAUUGCAAAAGAUGCUAAAGAAUGUGUUCAGGAAUGUGUGUCCGAGUUCAUCAGUUUUAUCACCAGCGAAGCUAGUGAAAGGUGUCACCAAGAAAAGAGGAAAACAAUUAAUGGAGAAGACAUUUUAUUUGCAAUGUCAACUCUUGGAUUCGACAGUUAUGUUGAACCACUUAAACUUUAUCUUCAAAAAUACAGAGAAUCUGCUAAAGGUGACAAGUCUGGCCAGAUAACAGAGGAACCUAGACUAGAAGAUCUUUCAGAAGACAGUUUUAAUGCCCACACAUUACAAAGUAAUAUCUUGGCAACAGAUCAACAGAAUGUGAUAUACACAGCAACAUAUCCUAACCAGAUACCACAACAAAUAACAUUUGGAUGAAGUGGAUACAUUGUUAUAAUUUUACUGUCCUACCCCUUUCUUUGAAUUGUGGGAAGCAGAUUUUUUAUCUGGAGGGAUUAUUGCAAUAUUUGAUUACAGAGAAUGUUUCAUUCAGUAAUUACCCACAUAUGCCUAUUUUUGUAUAGUCAAUAAUCUGAGUGACAAAUUCACUAGUCUUAUUUGUUCCACUAUCCAAUAAGUGUUCAUGGGGACAUAACAUUCUAUUUUGAUAGCCAUUUAACAAUUAAGUGAGACUGUGCUAACAUUGACAGGGGAGACUAGUAUCAGUCCUGUGUACUUGGAUGUCAUUGGAUUAGCUGCUACUAAAGCAUUUUUCAGAGCCAGGAUCAAAUUUGUGACAUUUCUUUGUAAGUCGCAGAUAAUUUGUGAACUAACUAUUUAUGUGUAUGAGUAUUGAUACAAUGUAUACUAAGUUAAAAUAGUCUGUGGGUUUCAGCUGUGAAAUUUUACAACCAGUUUGUGAAUAGAGAAAAAUAAUGUGUACUGAUUAUAACAAAUUCAUUGUAAUUUAUAUUUAAAUCAAAACCCAAACUGUAUACAUGUAGUUGUUAAAUUUUAUGGGGUUAAUAAUUCAGUUAUCCAAUUCAGACCUAGUUCACAGUUAUUUAAUAGAAGCAUGUCCUGUGUUAUAUUUAAUGACUGCAAAUAAAGCGAAAUUAAAAUCCCCCCCUCUCAAAUAUGACCAGUUAAAUUACAGUGUACACAGUAAAUAUUUCAAUCAAAUUUGUAAUGUACCUAUUAUGCAAUCAGAUUUAUAUUGGUAAUUGACACCAACUGAUCUAUUAUAGAUAUGGUAUAUGUGUUCUGAAAUGUCAGAUUCUUAACUCUCAUAAUUCUCAUAAUUCUAUUUGUGUUUAUUUUACUUGUGCUUUCAUUAAUCCAGUAAGUCACCCAUUCUCUCCAAUGUUUUUCCUUUCUGUACUCUCCCUACUACAUUACUCUGAUCUGAUAGAUAGUGAAAUGCCCGUUUUGCGGUGCAACAUAAAGGAUCUGAAUCCUCAAAAUUGUUAAAAUAUUUUUAGCUACUGUUAGUUUAGAUAUACUUGAUGUCAAAGUGUGUUUAAAGAUUUUUAGCUGUGCAUGUGUACCAUUUCUUUAUUUAUUGACUGUAUUGGGCAGUAGUGUGUUGAGAAAACCAGAAACUGAAAACCAUGACAAUUUGACCUGUGACAACUGUAUGAUCUCUCAGGUACAUAUAUAUAUAAAGGCGAUUCACUGGGCCACACCAUAUUAAAGAAUUUUUUUGUACCUUGGUGUAAAAAAAAUUGAAUUAGGAAAUAUUUCCUGUCAUUAUAAUUUUCAAAUUUGAAGAAUUGUAAGUCAGUAAAAAGUGAAAAAUGAAGGAAAUUUAUUGGAAAGGAAACACAUUUUCAAUACAUGUGUAUUUGUUUUAUAUGAAUUGUCAAAGUAUUCUGAAUUUAGAAAAGAAAAAAUAUGGCUUGUACCUUUAUAUGAAAAUCUUAGAUUUACAACUAACAGUGGCCUUACUCUACUAUGAGGAGAACUUUUCACAGCGUUUGGUAUUUGAUGUCCAUACCUUUGUAAUACUUACAUCACCCAUUGUAACUUACACAUUGUAGGUAAGACUGAUAUGUGUCAUCAUUCCUAAGAGGAUAGAAUAUCAUGUUUAUUUUAACACUACAUGAUGAUGUACACCAGAUUGAUAUACUACAUUGUGAUUAGAUGAUUCAUGAUGUUACAACAUCACCAUGUGUGUAUUAGUAUUUCCUCUGGGACAAAUCAUGCUGUGACCAAGACUUCAGUAUUUAUCUUGGAACAAUCUUGUUUGUAUUUCUAGAUGAUAGACGGACAAAUCCCGUAUCUCCCGCUGACAUUGAACACAGCUGUUUGUAAUUUUGUUGUCAGUGUAGUAGAAUAUUGAUGACUGUUUUCCCCAAAAAAUCUGUAAUGGUCUUAUGAAGCCAUUUUUAGGGCAGUACAACAAUAUUGGUGAUACAGAUGUGUCAGUUUGAUGUAUUACCAGUGAAACAAUAGCAUUUUUUUUUAUUGAUUUGUUUUUGUAGAUUUUCUUCUUUUUUUAUAUACUGUAUAUAUAUAUAUUGCUUAAAUUGAGAAGAAAUAAAAGUCCAAAAAUUCUGUAAAAUGUGGUGCUUUUACCCAAUAGAGGGAAAUGUUUAUACAGGUGGAGUGUGAAUGUUGAUGAUUUCAUUAAAACCAUGCUAAUAAAAUAGCAUCACAGUGUA